CUUUGGUUGUGUUGGUCACCAUUUUGAAUUUUAACCAAAGAUUAUAUAAAAUUUUGACUAUUAAUUCCGGCGGCACUUUUUUGAUUCACGCGUUUACGCUUCAUGCUAGUGCUUUUGUUUGGCGGGCCUGUAAAAAGUUUAUUUAAACAUCAUUAGGCUGGCAUCAGCUAUCAUAGUGCGUUCAGUUCUGAGGAGUUGUUUACGGAAAAAUGUCUCAAGGUAGGGAGGAUAACCAAAGAAAGAGGAAACAGACUGACUCGUCUGAAUCCGCGUCUGUGUUCAAUAACUUAAUGGGCACCAUAUCCACAUUUAUUCAGCGGCCAUUUACCGAUUGGUUUCGAAAACGUAAGGAACCUGAUAGUUCAAACAAUGAUACCGAUCAGAGCUCUGAGGAAAUUGUUCCACCGCCCAAAAAAAAGAAAUGCCAUGCAAUUGGCAGAUAUGAACCUUCCCAUCCAUAUUAUGAAGAUGGGGCAAUAAAUGAUGACAUUGAAGAUGAUACUGAACAAGCAUAUGAUUCUAAUGAAUAUAAUAAUGACUCUCAAGAAACACGAAACUCAAGGAAGAUAAAAAGUCCCGAUCUUGAUGAUGUUAUUUCAAGAAAAUCUUCAAAACCAAAUGUGCAUCUACCAAACCAGUCAAGUGCAUAUCCACAUUUGUCUUCAUCUGCAGCCCUUCACAAGCGAGCCACGCGCGCCAUGGCGUCGAUACCAUCUUGUUCUUCUACAAGUCCUAGUACAUCAUAUAUUUCAAGAGCGAUGAAAGUCAAAACUAGGGAAAAUUCACCUACUUUGACUUUCGAUAAAUCUUUGGAUAGUCCACCAAGCAGGAUUGCAUCGCGAUUGGUGGAUAAAUCCUUUAAAACAUCAAGUAGCUGCACAAAUUAUUAUAAAACAAGAGACUUGCUUUUAUCCAGCCAAGCUAACAUUAUGCUGGUCAAGAAUAAUUCAAAACGUUUAAAAACAAGUCCUGAAAAUAUUUCUACAAGCGCGACUGAACCUAAAAAAUCAGGGCCCGAACCGAAUGAAGUGCCGGGGCAAAGUGAACUGCCAGAACAGAGUGAACUGCCAGAACAGAGUAAAAUACCGGGACCGAGUGUACCGUUAGAGCCUAGAGAACCGGAAGUGAAUAAAGAAAUCACACAGAUGUCACAAACUUCCAACAAAAAUCAGCUAGAAACAAACAUUGAAGCAACCAAAAAAGAAUCACCCUCUAAUAUGAAAGAGGUGUCAGAACAGAACAAAUCAGAUGAUCCAUUUACCAAAUUGAUUUUAGCCAGUCGUGAUAAAUGGGAGUGCUCUGUUUGUCUUGUGCGGAAUGAUCGAAGCCUGACAAAAUGUGGAUGCUGCGGAGGACCAGCCAAAGGCCAUUCCAAUCUGUUGCCUUCAGAACAAACUCCAACGCCCAAAUUCAAUUUUGGUAUUAAAAAUACUAGCACUUUUCUAAUGAAGACCACAAAUAAUUCUCCAUUUAUAAUAACAGGCACUCCGCUACAGAAAUCAAAUUCAGAUAAAUCCCCUGUCCCCCACCAAACACCUAAGAACGACAGUUUCCUACCAAUGUACCUACCCUCAAUAAGUAAGGUGUCAAAUCUGAGUGUGGUGAAUGAAAACUCGCUGCAAAGUGCAAAUUUACGUGUUCCCAGUCCUGCCAACCCUGCCCCCACACUUGAUCCUAAUCCUGCCCCUCCUGCCGACCCUUUCCCUGUUCCUACUGCCGACCCUAGUCCUGCUCCUAAUCCCGACCCUAUUCCUAACCCUAAUCCCGCCCCCAUUCUCAACUCUAAUCCCACUCCAAUUCUCACCCCCACUACCAACCCAAAUCCCAUCCAAAUGUUGACGCCCAUUCCUGAAUCUAAUAGCGCCCCCACUACCAACCCAAAUCCCAUCCAAAUGUUGACGCCCAUUCCUGAAUCUAAUAGCGCCCCCACUACCAACCCAAAUCCCAUCCGAAUGUUGUCGCCCAUUCCUGAAUCUAAUAGCGCCCCCACUCCCAACUCUAAUCUCGCCUCAAUUCUCUCCUAUACUCCCUUCCCUCGUCCAGUCCGAUUAUUCGACUCCACUACUGAACCUAAUCCAACAUCCAUUCUCGACCCUACUCUCUCCCCCACUCAAGUACCUGCAGCUCAUACCUUCACCGCCGCUGCUACAGCCGCUCCUACAGCCGCUCCCACCCCAGUCCCCCCAUUAAUAACAAGUUCUAGUCCUGCUAGCACUACUAUGUCUAGCAUUAUCGGACAUUCAUAUCUAGAAAACACUAAGUUCAUUUUCGGAACUCCCAAUGUAAAUAUUAAUUCAGGAAUAAAGUUAGGCUUAAGUAGCAAUAUUCCAAUGCCAAACGCAUUUGAAAUGCAAAUGCCUACUGAAAACCAGUUGAACGGGCGCAUUGGUGUUUUCGGGGCUGGGAACGCGCCAGAAAAUCAAACUCACUCCGCUCCAUUAUUUUCGUCGGCACCGCAUGUUAAUAUCUUUGGCUCGAACACCACUCCAGUCAACACUUUAUCCGAGCAUGUAGAACCGAGACAACAAACGGGUUUCGUGUUUGGUAUGAUGCCUAAAGCAACACCAAAGUUUGAGCAGCCCGCUCCGAGACCGCCCGCCGCCGGACUUGUCUUCAGCUUCGGCCAGCCACAGCCGAUGCAGACACAGCCGCAGCCUAUGCAUGCACAACCAUUGGGUGUGCAACCAAUGAGUAUGCAGUCUACGGGGCUGCAGUCGAUGCAGUCCAGUGUAUAUAACUUUGCUGGCAGCCAAUCUAUGCCACAGUUCAACAUGGGCAGUUCUCCCACAACUCAUACAACUACCAGAAAAGUUAAAAGAGCGGUACGCAGAAAUAACGUGCGUUAAGAUAAAAGUGUAAUUUUAAUGUACAUAAUUGGCAAUUAUUUUCUUGCCUAAACUAAGGGCAAAAAGUUGAAAUGUAAAAUAUUGCAAUAUCAAUGGCGUUUGUGGCGUUUUCAUGAUGAGGUUGUUUUGGUCAAGCUUCAAAAAGAUUACAUAGGGUGAUCUGAAUAUAAUUUAUAAACUAGGCUAUCCAGAAAAAUACAACUUCUAACUAAUUUUGUCUAAUGAAAACUACAAUUCCAUUCAUUAUGGUAAUGCAUGGUACUAUGUUACAUGGUAAUAUAUGGUACAUUGGCAUGGAUUUUGUUAAUUGUAGUCGACUUGACAUAGUAUUUUAUUGUAAUCUUGGUGUAUAGACCAAUAAGGCUAUUUGAAUCCAUUGGUAUAAGUCAAACUUCCAUGUUACAGGUCACUAGCACUGUUGUCAACGUCAAAAGUUACCCAAGAUUCUCUUUAAACUGUAGAUUUUAUGUCUAAGUAGGUAUUAUGUAUAUAUUCUGAUAGAACCAAUUGCGAUAGCAGCCACUCACCGGUUCAGAUAUCCUUGUUUGACUAUAUAGUCACAGUCAUAGAAAAUGGCACUAAAAAAACAUGAUAUGACUUCUACAUUU